AUGGCGUCUCGAUCUAUCUGGCAACGUGCCCUUAUUCUCAUUAUUGCACUCAUUAGUCCCGUCGCCCACGCACAGCUGAGUUGGCUGGUCCACGACCCCUUCUCUGGAGGCGGGGGCCCGGCAUUCAAUCCUCGAUCCUGCGUCUGGGUGGCUACCCAGGCCUUUGCAGGUUGGGGCAGCAGGAAGCUCACCGCCACGGCGCACAACUACAUCCGAUGGGGACAGACAGGCUGCGUCCUCCAGAUUGCCAACACCUCUCCCACGUCCUUCUCCGUCCAAGACCGCCGAGAUACGGAUAGGCUCAAUGACAACCUGACGGCGGCGGAUCCAGCAGACAACGAUUUUGCCGCGCAUGUGGCGGAUCUAGACUUUAACAACGAACCCAAGGAACUCUUGGACACAAAGUUUAUGGACUUCGCGGUCAAGCCUCGCGAGGAAUCACAUGUGUCAGCCCGCUCUGAGUCCAAGGACUUGUACUUGGCCCGCCGCCAGAUCCGCUGGGUCCUUCGGGGUUGCGUCCGGAGCAGAGAAGGCGAGAAGGCCCCCAACGCCUUCGUCGAGGAAUGCACCUGCGCAAAGCAAAAUGGCGCGCAGGAGUACUACGUGGGCGACUUCACUAUCACCUACAACGGGGAGAACGCCGCUACCGCGACCUGGGGGCGGGUCCCGCUGUUCAACGCGCUGGGCAACCUCGUCUCCCGCAUCCAGUCGCUGAACACAAACGGGUGGGGCAAUGUGGUGACGGUGAACUCCAACGGUCUCGGGACUGUCUUGUUCACUCCAGUUGGCGGUGGCUGCGGGUCGCGUCCUUCAACUGCUGAGGCUCGGUGCUACCAAGAGGCGAUACAUCAUCUUAUUAAUGAGGGCUAUACAGGGCCCGCCUUUCCCGGACAACGCAAUUGUGAUGGAGGCUUCACCAACGAUGACUGGCAAAUGCUGGUCAGCAAUCCGAUUGGUAUUCCGAGCUAA